GACGCGCUAGUGUUUGUGUGCUGCUCACCGGGGCGAAACAGAGAAUCGAGGGGUCCACCACAUAAUAGGGACAGUCGACCAGCGGACACUAUUGAAAAUAAAGAUGGACGAAGAGGAGCAGUUUGUUAGCAUCGAUCUGAACGAUGACAAUAUCUGCAGUGUCUGCAAGCUAGAGACGGAGACAGGGACCAUGUCUUUCUGCCACGUCUGCUUUGAACUCAGCAUUGAAGGUGUUUCCUCUGCUACCUUGUUGCACUCCAAGUCCCUGCGCGGCCACAGAGACUGCUUUGAGAAAUGCCACCUCAUAGCCAACCAGAAGCUGUCCCGCUCCAAGGUCUCCCGGAGUGCCUACGAGGGUAUGAAGCUGGCCUUCAGCCAGAAGCUGAACCGCAUCAUCCAGUACGCCCAGAACAAAGACUCCGUCUCCUCCAACGGACCCGGCAGACGAGGGGCCAAGCUCCUCUGUUACAACCAACAGAGCGACCGCAAGCUGCUGCCCCAGUCGGACCCACAGGUGCCCCGCUACACGCCGUGCUGGGACGCGGGCAAAGCCGCGGGGCUCCCCGACUACACCAUGAGGAUGCUGGAGUGCCGCACCGUGGAGGAGCUGGGACUGCUGCAGGAGUCGCAUGGCGGCGUUUGGAACGGCCCGCACAGUCGGAACAAAUCAUCAGGAGGGGGACAAGCAGCGCACCGACACCAGCCCGGCCGCAGAGAUGAGUUGACUAAAAUGAGUGUGGACGAACUCCAUCAGCUGAAUACUCAGCUGUUGAUGCAGAUUCAAAAGGUCUUUGAGGAGCUCACUUUGGCCGUGCAGGAAAAGGACUCGUUGGCGUCAGAGCUCCACGUGCGUCAUGUCGCCAUCGAGCAGCUCUUUAAGAAUUGUGCCAAGCUGCCCUGGCUCCACAUCAGCAGGGCCGGGGUCAAGGCCAGCAGCAGCAGUGCCACCGGCCCCAUGGACUGAGGUGCAUGUGUGUCCUCUGCUGGGAGGAAACUGAUUAACGCUUCAAAAUCCGGGCUGCAGUGGGGCGGAGAACCGGGCCUUUGUGUACAGUGAGUGACUCCUAGGGCCACAUGGUGACGACGUGUCAGACCUGCUUUCGCUCUCUCCCUCGUUGUACUGAGGAUGCAAGGAUUAGUGGUGGCCUGGUCUGGCAUGUGACCUGAAUUCACCCCAGCUCAUGAAGCCAGGAUGCAUGUUAAUACCAGGUAGAACGGAGAAAUGGGGGUCCCGCGGCAAGGACCCACCAGUGGAAAACACAAACGCAUCAUUUUACAAAAAUGAUUGCUAUAGGUUUUAUUUUAUUUUAUUUUUUGUUUGCUGUCAAACAUUUCAGUUUUCCAUUGUUUGGGUGUGGAUAUUAAAAUACUGCUUAAUACUCUUUCUGUAGAUGAUGAUCAGGCGAAAGAUGCCCAUCAUCUUCAUACCAGCAGGCACUGCCAUGAGAGUUUGAACGGAACAAGGUUUUAUUUUUUUCUUGCAUGCUGGCAAUACAAUGGCUUGAAACAAGCGUUUUCAAGUGGCCUUCAAACUGCCCUUUCUUGACUUGGUAGUUUAUGGAAAAUGGUGAUCAGAUGGAUUUAACAGUAGUAAGAAAUUCUAACGUAUUCAAGAAAAGUAUCAAGUCUAAUCCAAAUAAACAGUACGGCAGAGCGCAGGACACCACCCAAGAGUCCUCUAAAGCAAAAUUAAAAUAAAAUAAUAAAAUAAAUCCCAAGUGUGAAAGUCAACAGGGCUGUAUUAUCUUUGCAGGUUUUACUUAUUUUGAGUUUAUGAAAUACCACUUUGUAACUGCUUGUUGGUAAGCAGUAGUUACUAUGGAUUAAGUUUCUAAUUCAGCCUUUGGUUUUAAAGUAACUUAUAUUGCUGGUGAGAUUUACUUGAUUUUGAGCACAGAGCUGUCUCGCUAUUAAGCACAAGGCGUACGUAUGGCUAUACCCUGAACGAGGGGUCUCAGAAGAGUGGUUUACUUAUUCGAAAAGAAACCAAAGUAUGUUUUUGUUCUGAACUGCACCCACGCGAUGCCCAUUAGCAGAGAGAGAUGCAAUACCAAACUGAUUUCAAAUGUGUGGGGCUUAGCGAUUUACCGCACUAUGUAUUAGUGACCCACAGAUAUAUAUUUAUUUUUUCUACCGCUCUCGGCGUAGAAAGGAUUUGUUCUUGUGUGUCGCACAUGGGGUAUGUGUCCUGAUUACUUGUAUUGAUCUAAUCUCAUUUGAAGCUUUAACUGUUGUUACGCUUUCACCUGUGUGGGAGCCAAGUAGAUGUCACAGCAAUACACAGAGGUCCUUAAUGUUUGAACAAAAGGGGACGAAGUACGCCAUUGUAUUAACGGUCACUGUGUUAAACCCCACAGUUUUGGUUAAUUUAGUAUUCAGGAACCCUAUGCAAGAUGGAUUCCACUAGAUCAGAUUCCUUAUUAAAUAGCAAAUAUCUACAAGAAUAUGGCUGAUCUGAUUCUUCCUCUGAAAAGGUCUCGUAACCACUAGAGUGUAAUAAACUGGGGAAAGAGAAGGGUUUAUUCAGAUGGAUGUUUAGAAUAACUCAACCUCGUCACCAUCUCUUUCGCUCUCUCUUUGUAAGAGAAUUAAUGUAUUUGACCCAUUUUCAGGGUUUCAAGUUUUUGCUCCAUUUUAAAAAUGUUCUUUGUACAACUGUACUGAGUGUGCUUGAGUGUUUUCAAUCUUCAUUCAUUCAACCUUCAGUUGUAUGUUGUUUUUUAUUUUAUCUUUUGAUUAUGAAUGCAGUGUCUUUUGGUACGCUGCAGAAACAUGCCCGGGCCUGUUCCUCAGCAGAACAUUCAAAAUGGAUCCGCUUGUGUCAUCAUCUUGGGCUGGAGACUAUCGACUCGCAACUCCUUCCUUUGGACCUGACCCUUUUGUUAACUUGUUUUCUAAUGUUGAGCAAGGCUGCAUUUGUGUUGUGUGAUGAUUCUAUUUAUUGUGUGUGCGUUCAUGGACCUCACACAUGCUGUGUGAUUUGUGCUUAAGUGGCUGUUUGUAUUUUUUUUGCAAAACAUUUCAAUAAAACUAUUUUUUCUAGACAAUGUAAAAUGAGUUAAUUUGUACAGAUUGUGGCCAUAUCUGUUGGGACAAAAAAGGCUGUUUGAUAUUCAAAAACAAUCCAUAGAACAUAAGCCAGUUGUCAGGCUUUGAUAACUGUACAAAGACGUGUUGACCUUCGAUGUCUCCCCACAUGCACACAUUCUUUUCACUUGUACUUUACUGCACAUUUUCACUGUUAAUUUUUUAAUAAUUAAUAAUGUACAGAGCUGUACAGUGCAUUCACUUUAAAAAGGGGCUUUC